AAACAAAACUUUAACCCUUCUUCAUUAUCCAACCUUUUCCUCUCCCAAGUACAUUCUCUCUUUCUUCUCCUUUGAUUUCUCCCACAAAAUUUAUUGUUUCAACGACGCUUAAAAUGCAAUUCCGUACUGUAAAUUUUAUUUUUCUUCCACCAAAUUAACUUCUCAUUUGAAAAAAAAGAAAUUCUUUGGUUCUGUAUAUUUUUUUAUUUGUUUGAUUUUUGUUGUGAACUACAAUUCUGAUCAAUCUCCAAUAAUUGUAAUUAAAUGUUUAUAUCUUUGAUAUCGUUUCGGUUUUUUUCUCCGGGGUAUUAAAGAUAAGAACAAAAAAAAGUUGCGACUUCGAAUUGUUUUUGUUUUCUCAAAGCAGUUUUUUUUUUUUUGGUUUCCCCAAUACAAAACGACGUGAAGCGGAAUUGAACUGGUUUUGUUUCGAUUGGAAGUUCGUUUUCAUCUGGGUUCUUCUCAAAACCUAUCAUGAGUUCAUUUGAAAUCUAAAAAUAGCAAAUUAGGGCUGUUUCUUUGCACAAGUUAGGGUUCUUUUGCACCUCGAAAAAGUGUUGUUUCCCCGGUAAAAAAAAUAGAAACAGCCUGGGGUUAUGCUCAAGCGGAAAAUCGCUGAGAGAGAAUUAACUUUUGCGUUCUGGGUAUUUGUUCAUUUGAUUGUUGGGCUUGUUUUUGGGAUGAGGAAUAGUGGUAACAGUGAUGGGCAAAAGUCACAAAACAGUGUCGUUUCGCGGUCAGCGAAGAGCUCGUUCCGUGCAAUCUCUAGUUAUUUGAGGAUCGUGUCCUCUGGGGCGUCCACGGUGGCGCGGUCGGCAGCGUCAGUGGCGUCGUCCAUUGUGGAGAGAGUUGAAAAUUCAAGCCUUGAUCAGGUGCUUUGGGCUGGGUUUGACAAGUCAGAAGGUGGGGGAGAUGUCACACGGCGAGUUCUCCUUCUGGGUUAUCGUUCUGGUUUCCAGGUCUGGGAUGUUGAAGAAGCAGAUAAUGUGUGUGACUUAGUUUCCAGAUAUGAUGGUCCUGUUUCAUUUAUGCAAAUGCUCCCAAGGCCAAUAAUGUCAGAAAGAUCAAGAGACAAGUAUGCAGAAGUCCGUCCGCUUCUAAUAACUUGUUCUGAUGUGUCCCUUUCUGGCGGCUCUAUCAUUCAGGAUGGGUUAUCAACUAAUGGGACAGGCCCAAACUAUCAUGACUCAGGGAAUGACAGUUUUGAGCCUACUGUUGUUCGUUUUUAUUCCUUGAAAUCCCAAUCUUAUGUGCAUGUGUUAAAGUUCAGAUCAGUGAUUUAUUCUGUAAGGAGCAGCUCUAGAGUUGUUGCUAUAUGUCAAGCAUCCCAGAUACACUGCUUUGAUGCUGCAACAUUAGAGAGAGAAUACGCCAUUCUGACAAAUCCUUUAGGCACUGGAUAUCCUUCAACUGGAGGUAUAGGCAUUGGACCACUUGCAGUUGGUCCCAGGUGGCUGGCUUAUAGUGGAAGUCCAGUUGUAGUCUCCAAUUCUGGGCGUGUCAGUCCACAACAGUUAAGCUCUUCUCUGAGUUUCUCUGGCUUUGCAUCAAAUGGAAGUCGGGUUGCUCACUAUGCAAAGGAAUACGCAAGAGUGUCAAGCAAGCAACUUGCUGCAGGGAUAGUGACCCUGGGAGAUAUAGGAUAUAAGAAGCUGUCAAGAUACUACUCUGAGCUUCUACCAGAUUCCCAGAAUUCUCUACAAUCGGCGAGUCCUGGUGGGAAGGGCAAUGGAACUGUAAAUGGUCUCCGGCCAGAUGCAGAUAAUGUUGGAAUGGUCAUUGUCAGAGAUAUUGUCAGUAAAGGUGUUGUUGCCCAGUUUAGGGCUCAUGAGAGUCCUAUUUCGGCAUUAUGCUUUGAUCCUAGUGGGGUUCUUUUAGUGACUGCUUCAGUUCAGGGUCAUAACAUAAAUGUCUUUAAGAUAAUGCCUGGAAGCUCCUCUGCAUGCAAUCCUGAUACAUCUUAUGUACAUCUUUACAUACUACAACGUGGUAUCACAAAUGCAGUUAUACAGGACAUCAGUUUCAGUAAUGACAGCAACUGGAUUAUGAUUAGUUCCUCUAGAGGGACAAGCCAUUUGUUUGCUAUAAAUCCUGCAGGGGGAUCUGUCUAUUUUCAGUCUGCUGAUACUAGUUUUACCACAAAACAUAAUGGAUCUGGUUUCAUGACUAAACCUGGUGUUCGUUGGCCGCCUAAUAUACGUGUACAAUUGCCCAAUCAACAAAGUCUUUGUGCAUCUGGUCCCCCGGUUACACUCUCUGUUGUUAGUAGAAUAAGAAAUGGAAAUAAUAGUUGGAGAGGCCAUGUAAGUGGUGCUGCAGCAGCUGCAACAGGAAGGAUGAAUUCCCUUUCUGGGGCCAUUGCGUCCGCUUUUCACAACUGCAGAGAAAAUGGUGGCUUAUAUGCUGGUGUGAGCUCUUUGAAAAUGAAGUACCAUCUAUUGGUUUUUUCUCCCACUGGGUGUAUGAUACAGUAUGCAUUGCGGACAUCAGCUGGUCUACAUGUGAUGACAGGUGUGUCUGGAUUGGACACUGCUUAUGAUUCCGUUCCAGAUGGUGAUGAUGGAUUAGUAGUUGAGGCGAUCCAGAAGUGGAAUAUAUGUCAGAAGCAGAUUCAAAGAGAUCGAGAAGAUAAUUUAGACAUAUAUGGUGAGAAUGGAGCUUCAGACAGCUACAAGAUUUACCCUGAAGAAAUGAAUGGAGGAAAUUGUCUUCUUACUGAGGCUAGGGGUUCUGUUGAGAAAAUGAAAGUCAGUGUUGAGGAUAAACACCACAUGUAUAUUUCUGAAGCUGAACUGCAGAUGCAUCCACCUUGUAUUCCAUUGUGGGCAAAACGAGAGAUAUACUUUCAGUCUAUGACAAUGGGGGGCAUUAAAGUGGGGGAUGAACUGAAAGGGGAAGUUGAAAUUGAAAGGAUUCCUACUCGUAUGAUAGAAGCUAGAUCAAAACACCCGAUCCCAGUUUAUGACCAUCUUCAGAGUCCCAAACCUCGACAAGCAAGGGUUCCAGGUAUAGAUAAUAAUGCCAAUGGGAGGCUGCUGCAUCAGAAGUCUGGGCUUUCAGAAAACGGCAGGCUUUCAUGCAGAAGUAGCUCAGGUUCUCCUGAAUUUAUAACUGAUAGUGGGGCUUCAGAGCCUGGACAUAACAGCGACACUGGAGAAAAUGGUUGGUACGGUCCUCGGAUGCCGGUAGAAACCAAGGGCUAUGUAAAUAAUAGUGACAGCCUUAAAACCAAGAAGCGGCAUGACAUUGUAAAUAAUAGUGAGAGGUUAAGAUCGGAGGCUCAACUCAAGUUUGUAAAUAAUAACAUUGAAAGCCUGAAAAUGGAGAAUCAUUUUGAAGACGAAGGCGACGAAUUCGAUUAGAGGUAAAUUGUUCUGUAAGUUGACAUUGUUCAUCGAUAAAUUAUGUGUGCCGAAGCUUGAUGUUAAGCUUUCCUGUUAUUCAGUUCUGCAGAAAAUUGUUUGAUUCUCCAGGGGGGCUGAUUAACAGGUGAUUUGUUAAUAUUGAUAUGGGUGGGAAAUGUAGACAAAUAUUGAGGCAUAGGGGAGCUUGACUCUGAAGAUCUUGAAUUGUGGAGUUGGGGUUUGUUUCAUCUUCAUCUUUCUGUUGACUCUGUAAAUAACAGAAGAAACAAAUGCAUUACCAAAUAAUCACUGCAAUGUGUAAAUAACAGCAAUACCUUGUAUCUCUUGCUCUCCAUAUAAUUAUUUGUUACCCUUAUUGUGCCA